CUACCUUCAGCUCCCCUUGUGAAGCAGUCUUAAUUACCAUACCUAACUCCGUAUCUUCCUCCACCUCUCUCUCCUUCUUGUGAUAACUCGUAGAAGAUGGGUGGGAGUUCCCCAUGCGCUUCCUGCAAACUUUUACGGAGGCGCUGCACGAAGGACUGCUUCUUUGCCCCCUUUUUCCCUUCAGAUGACCCCCACAGGUUUGCCAUCGUUCACAGGGUCUUUGGGGCUAGCAACGUUAGCAAGAUGCUCCAGGAGCUUCCGGUUCAUCAAAGAGCAGAUGCUGUGAGAAGCUUAGUCUAUGAGGCCGACGCAAGGAUGAGAGACCCGGUUUACGGCUGUGUGGGAGCUAUAUCUUACCUUCAGGAUAAAGUGUCUCAGCUUCAGAUGCAGCUCGCUGCUGCCCAAGCUGAGAUCCUUUGCAUUCCGAUGCAGCAGGAGCCACCGGAGGCGACCGAUCAGCAGAGAGAGCCUGAUGACAAGCCAUAUCUGACGCAAAAUAAUCUCAAUGGCAUGCCUCAGUUGAUGAACUAUGGCUCCUCUAGUAAUGCAGCUCAGGAACAUCUCAAGGGAGAAUCCCUUUGGACAUAGACUUGUUUCGCUUUUGUUUUCUUACUUGGUUAUCCAUGGAGAGAGGUAGGGAAAGAGGGCCUUCUAUGAAAUUAUCAGCCU